CUCAGUCAGGACAGUGACGUGCGAUAUGGCUCAGUUCUCAUAUGACUCAAACACUUCCAGACAACUUGGGCAAGGUGUACAGCUUAUCUGAAGAGAGGAACUCACGUAAACAGAGCCAUGACCAAGGGAUAAAGUUAUCAUCAACCAGCCGUGCCCUUGCAGUUUGUCUCGGUUCACUUCCUUUGUUUCCAGUCUAUCACCAAGUUGAUCUCCUAGCUUCCAGUUGUGAUGAGGAAGAAGACACUGGACUUCCUUAACAAGGCCAUCAUGUCAUUGUGGUGGAAAAACAUUUGGAGAUAAAUUCAGUAGGACUCAAAUCUUUUGGAGAGUCUUCGGCUAAAAUGUUUCUUCCUGCAUGGUCCAUUUGGUGCGUUUUACUGACUCUACACACGUCAGCCUGGUGUUUGGAGAUUUCUGGAUAUGGCAGCGAUGAGGUCAUCUGCUCACAGCCCCUCUCUGACUGCACCAUGGAAGAUGAUAUGUCUCUUAUUGGACCAGAGAAUAAUGUGGUCGAUGUCAAAAACAUCACUCCGUAUUUCAAGCUGUGCUGCAGGGACAGGGCGUCAUGUACAUUAUGCCUGGUGAUAGAUACAGAGAUCAUCAUCCACCCGGAUAAAGACGAAGAGGAUGGAGGCCACUCUGGUCAUAGUGAAGAGGAUUAUAGCAACGAGACAGAGAGCAAUCCAAAAGCGUCUGUGACAAUGUGUUACAGUGCAGCAGCUUUCAUGCCCUCAUGCAAGACGGUGGAGUUUACAGUGAAUCAUGCAGCUGUUACUCAGCGAAACCAGGCAAAGUUUUCCUUGGUGAUCACUGAGCUGGUAGGGGUUUCCUUUAGCAGUACUGUGAUGGUUUAUCCUUCUCAAUCACAUCUAAGUCGUAAAGUUGACGUUCCUUCUCUAGAAAAAGUGUGCUCCCAGGAGCUUCGGGACCGUGUAGAGGAGUGCCAUGUGCCCAGACUCAAAACUGUAAUGAACCUGGAGAUGGCUCGGGUGGAGCUGCAGUUUGCCGGCAGAAAUGAGAGCCUAACCUCUGUGUGCGUCCAGUAUGAGCAGAAUGGAAAAUGUCAGAGUUGGAACAGGACGACCAUCCCACUGCAUUCUGUGACCCCCUGCAUGUGUCUCAUGGUAUGGGAUGAGGAUGGUCAGAGGUCUAGGCGCUCCCUAAGCUGUCCUUUCACUAAAUCAGAUUCCCUGCAAACGAACGUAUGGCAGAAUGUGUCAGUGUCUGUACGCCAGGGUCAAAUGAACAACUACCGCCCAAUGCUGUCAUGGAGCCUGUCUGCUCCCUGCAGGCUGGAGGGGGAAGUGUGGCCCUGCUACAAAGAGCUCAGCUGCCGGGAGAUGGUCGGCUUUAAGCAACAGCUGGCAAAUGGCACAUGGAAACAAAACAGCAAAUGGCAGUGGGAGAAAAAAGGUGUGUUUGAAAACAUCAAUCUUCAGCGCUCUCCAUGUGUGAUGGUGAAAGUAAAGGGAAUGCAACGUGAGCUGGGUCCAUUCUGUCCUGAAGACACUGACAGGGGGCGCUGGAGUCUCCUGGUUGUUGGUGUCGUACUGCUGCUCUGCUUGGCUGUGCUCAUAUAUUAUCUCCUUCGUGACUUUGUCAAGAAGUGGGUGUGGAGUUGUCAUCAUGGUGGAUUUGUAAAGAUCGACAGAAAGGGUCAUGUGGUGUUGCUGAGCCCCCCAGAUGUGGAUGAUGGUAUUUCGAAGGCGGUGUGUCAUCUAGGCUCCCAGCUCUGUAACCAGGGCUUCAGUGUGUCUGUGGACCAGUGGAGCAGGAAGGAACAGUGCACUCUGGGGCCUGUGCCGUGGCUGCACUCCCAGCUGCUGGAGCUGAACCGCCUGGGAGGACGAGUUGUGCUCGUCUUGACGAAAAGAGCCUUGGAGAGAGCAGAGGAGUGGACCUGUGUGGACAGAGAGGUUAUCAGGACAAGUUCUCCGUACUCUGAUGUGUUCACGGCCUCCCUGUUUCUCAUCCAAGCGGACAAGCAGCUGGGCAGAGCAGGAGAACGUUUUCUUCUGGUGAAAUUUGACUCCAAUCCAAGCAGUGACAGGAGUCUCCCAGAGCUGCUUCAGGGGCUGCGCCUGUUCCAGCUCCCCUCUCAGAACCAGGCUCUCUUUUCGGAGCUCGCUGUGGGAGGGACAGGCAGGAGGACAUGGACAGGGUGGAAGUGGAGGACCUCAAAUGGAUGGAGAGAAAAGACUAAAGAGGGGCCAGACCAGCAGAAGGCAAAGGACUGUAAAUAUGUUGGAGUUUAGCCAUCAAAGCACACAUAAAUUAGCUUAGCACAUUUUUGCUGCUCCACAUGAAGGACAUGUUCAUCCAAUUUGUGGAUGAGAUAAACAUUAUAAAAGGCCGACUGGUGAUGGUCUACAGAAGGAGUCGGAGACUUUGGACCUCCUCUUAGACAAAGCUUUGUUUGCUUGCUUAUUUUUGCUCAAUAUUCAUACACCGAUCAAUAUUACGUUAUUUGAUCCCAUAAGCACUCAGUAAUUCAACCAACAUAACCUUAUAUUGCUGUUUCACAUAACCUCAGACUAUACCAUAUGUAUUAAAAAGUUCUCUUCUUGGGCAUUUGUUAGUUUCUAACAGUUGGAAAGUUGUGAAAAACAGUAAAACCAUGUCACUUUGAAGACCUCUGAUCUAUAAUAUUAGUUCGUCUCUGAAUACUUUUCGACUUCCCGGUCUUUAGUUUUAAGCCCCAAACUUGUUUAUUACCAAAGAUGAAUUUCUACUCAACAAACCGCUGGACACUACAGUUUUUUACAGAAGUUACUAAAAUGAAUCAAGUACGAGUACAAAUUUGUAUUUGUUGGGAACUAUUAUAGUGAACAGGACAGCAUUUGUGGGACUGCCUUAAACUGUUCAUUGUUAUGAAGGUAUACAUCACAAAGUGCAAAAACCUGUUUUUAAUGGUUUAUACAUAAUAACAUUUUCUUAUGGCACAGAGGAAUAAGUUAUAUCAGGCUUUGAUUACAUGGAUUUGUUUUGGGGUUAAAAUAUUGUCUGUUUUAGUCUUUUUACUGGAUUUCAGAGCAUAAGAAAGCUAUUUAAUAUGACCUGACUUCUCCUUUAGGCAUCAGUAUAUAUUUUUUAUCAUAAAUUGCCUUUUCAGCAUUUGAACAUGCCUUAUAUAUUAACAAACAAUAUACAAAUGUAAAACAAAAUACACAUUAUUUUUGCCAGUGUAAGACAGACUGUAUAUCCUGCUUCCCAUUAUAAGGGCUAGUUUCACUUAAAUCUUCAAAAUGUUUACCCCCCAAAUCUUACAGACUUAUAUUCAUAUUCAUAUUCAUAUUCAUGUACUGUAGCUCUGUCAACACCUGUCUAUAAAUAAAUGUGGUUAUUUUUGUACAUGGCG